AUGGCUGAACAAGAUAACACUCAAAUUGACCGAGAAAUUCAGAAUCUUGUAAACGAAUUGGAUGAGUAUAUUGCAAACUUUGAUGGAAAGAGGCAAGUUUUGGAGAGUACAAUUGAGGCAAAAAUCCAAGAACUGAAGAAAGAUCGAGGUGAAGCCAGGGAACUGAGGUUGAGUCUUCAUCAAUCUGGUGAUACAGGGAGCGAGAAGAUUGACAAUGUGAGGCAAUGGCUGAAUCAUAAGGAACCGAUUAGUGCUGCCCCAGACUACUUUGAUUUGUCUGUGCUUAUUGUUGACGAUGAUCCUGUUAUUCGUGACAUCAAUCGGAGAGCGAUAAUGUCUUUUGGGGCACAAACGGAGUUUAUAAUCGAUGUUCAAGAGGCCAAGAAUGGAAAAGAAGCUGUUUAUCUUCAUCUUGCUGGGGCUUCUUUUGAUCUCAUCUUUAUGGACAAUCAAAUGCCCGUCAUGACUGGAAUUCAGGCAACGAGGAAGUUACGUGAGAUGGGUGUAGGGAGCAAGAUCAUUGGUGUCAGUUCUGAAUCUGAGAAACAAGCUUUCAAGGGCUCAGGAGCAACCAAAUGGAUUAAAAAGCCACUGAAUCUUGAAAAGCUCGCUGCUUUCUGUGCUACCUUCUGUUUCUAG